AUGAUCACAGCCAUACCUGUCAACACAACCAUACCUGUCAACACAACCAUACCUGUCAACACAACCAUACCUGUCAACACAACCAUACCUGUCAACACAACCAUACCUGUCAACACAACCAUACCUGUCAACACAACCAUACCUGUCAACACAACCAUACCUGUCAACACAAGCAUACCUGUCAGCACAACCAUACCUGUCAACACAACCAUACCUGUCAACACAACCAUACCUGUCAACACAACCAUACCUGUCAACACAACCAUACCUGUCAACACAACCAUACCUGUCAACACAACCAUACCUGUCAACACAACCAUACCCGUCAACACAAUCAUACCCGUCAACACAACCAUACCUGUCAACACAACCAUACCUGUCAACACAACCAUACCUGUCAACACAACCAUACCUGUCAACACAACCAUACCUGUCAACACAACCAUACCUGUCAACACAAGCAUACCUGUCAACACAAGCAUACCUGUCAACACAAGCAUACCUGUCAACACAACCAUACCUGUCAACACAACCAUACCUGUCAACACAACCAUACCUGUCAACACAACCAUACCUGUCAACACAACCAUACCUGUCAACACAACCAUACCUGUCAACACAACCAUACCUGUCAACACAACCAUACCUGUCAACACAACCAUACCUGUCAACACAACCAUACCUGUCAACACAACCAUACCUGUCAACACAACCAUAACUGUCAACACAACCAUAACUGUCAACACAACCAUACCUGUCAACACAACCAUACCUGUCAACACAACCAUACCUGUCAACACAACCAUACCUGUCAACACAACCAUACCUGUCAACACAACCAUACCUGUCAACACAACCAUACCUGUCAACACAACCAUACCUGUCAACACAACCAUACCUGUCAACACAACCAUACCUGUCAACACAAGCAUACCUGUCAACACAAGCAUACCUGUCAACACAACCAUACCUGUCAACACAAGCAUACCUGUCAACACAACCAUACCUGUCAACACAACCAUACCUGUCAACACAACCAUACCUGUCAACACAACCAUACCUGUCAACACAACCAUACCUGUCAACACAACCAUACCUGUCAACACAACCAUACCUGUCAACACAACCAUACCUGUCAACACAACCAUACCUGUCAACACAACCAUACCUGUCAACACAACCAUACCUGUCAACACAACCAUACCUGUCAACACCAUCUGCAUUAACAAGAUCAAAAUCAACCACAAUAAGUCUGGGUCUUGGAGCUCAGCCAAGGACUUGAUGGACGAUGCCUCAAAUUACUUUAUAACAGAUUCCAUCUUGGAAGAAACGUUGACGCUAAAAAGCUUUAGCAAGAUUUAG